AUGAAGUUUAAUUCCUUUAUAACUAGUCUGUUGUGUGUCGGUGCAGCACCAUCUUUGGGUGCUGUUCUUCGUCCACGGCAGGCACCCGGUGAAGCCGAGGGAGUCACCACUAUCAAGAGUCCCUCGGGUGCCCAGAUUCGAUACAAAGAGCCCGGAAAGGACGGAAUCUGCGAGACAACCCCUGGAGUUAACUCUUAUAGCGGUUAUAUCGACAUUGCCCCCGAUGUCCACGUCUUCUUUUGGUUCUUCGAAUCUCGCAGGGACCCUGCGAACGAUCCAGUAACUUUAUGGCUCAACGGAGGGCCAGGUUCGGAUUCCCUGAUUGGUCUCUUCGAAGAGAUCGGACCCUGCGAGGUGGUGGAAAACAUGACCACCGUUCUCAGGGACCACUCCUGGACGGACAUCUCUAAUGUUCUUUUCCUCUCACAGCCCGCUGAAGUCGGUUAUCUUGAUCCCACGUACCUCUCCAUCGACAAGGAGCCUGGAAGCCGCGACGAGAAGGAGGGUCGCUGGUCUGUCAUUGACCCUACUAAAGAGGACACCAGCCGCCUGGCCGCAAUCACUUGCUGGGAGGUCCUUCAGGGCUUCUACAGCGCACUGCCGCAGCUCAGUGAAUCCAAGAUCGCAUCAACGGAAUUUCACCUCUGGGCGGAAUCGUUUGGUGGUCAUUGGGGUCCCGCGUUCUUCACAUACUUCAAUGAGCAGAAUGAGAAGCUCGACAAGGAUACGACAAAGGGCCGCAAGCUCGAGAUGAAGAGUCUUGGUAUCGUCAACGGUAUCGUGGAGCCGGUAGUGCAGACUCGUCACCUUCUGGAGUUCACUCGUGGCGAACACAACGGCUACGGUGUCGAUCUCGUCAAUGACACCAUCUACAACUAUGGCAAGUUUAGCCGCGAUCGUCCUGGAGGUUGCCAAGAGCAGCUUGACUACUGCGCCUGGCUUGAAAAAGACUCCAUCGUCAAGCGUUCGGCCUGUUCUGCAGCCCAAUUCAUUUGCCAAACUGACGUCGAGGGGAUGUUUUACACAUUUAACCUUGAAGGCCGUGGCACAUACGAUAUUGUUUGUUCAUGCCCCGAUUAUUAUGUUCCUCCAAACUUCUGGCGGCCCUUCUUGAACACUGCACCCGUUCAGGACGCCCUGGGUGUCAACCUCAACUACACAUCAAGCAAUUUGCUUUACACCGCCUUUACCUUGUCGGGUGACUUUGCGAUUGGCUACCUGAAAGACAUUGAAAAGCUUCUUGAAAUGGAUGUUCAAGUGGCGCUGGUUUUCGGCGACGCCGAUUACAUCUGCAACUGGCGUGGCGGUGAGGCACUUUCACUGGCAGCCAAAUGGUCUGGAGCAGAUGAUUUCAGCGACGCUGGCUAUACCAACUUGAUGGUUAAUGGCAAGGCUUAUGGAGAGACGAGACAGUUUGGCAAGCUCAGCUUCACUCGUGUCUGGAACGCUGGCCAUGAAAUUCCAUACUUCCAACCUGCGGCAUCAUUCCAAAUCUUCAAUCGAACCACCAACCGAUUCGAUAUUGCCACUGGUGAAAUCGAAAUCACUUCCAACAGCACCCACAAGACCAACGGAACGGCCAAGGCAACUCACACGACCACCCUUCCCCCUCUGUCUAAGAAAACUUCUGAGUAA